CUACUACGCUUCGAGAGCUGCUAACUUUUGCGUUUCAAACACAGAACACUGUGCUGCACCGUGCUUGAAGCACACAGCUGGAAAGCGGCUAAAGUUUAACGACUUCGUGUUGAGACGGCUUUAGACAGUUUAGACAGUUUCAAACACUGCCAUACCAAAGUUUAUUGUAUUUAUAAGUAAAUGCAAUUAGGUUCAAAAAUGAUGAAUGAUUUGAAUUUCAAGGUAAUAUGGAUUUUAUUUAUCAGCAAACAAUAAAAAGUAAAUUAAAUUGGUUUAAGAUAACGGGUUCAGUGUAAAGCUUAGUGAUUAAUGUGGCAAGUUCGGUCUGCGUGGAUAAAUGCUAAUAUUUUUCAGUCAUUGUUAAAUUAAACAUGUUAGUAACCUUAUCGCAAAAUGAGAAGAAAUUUGAAAAGUUUACUUAAAUUUUGUUUAUUGUCAGCAGUAACCGUGAUAAUUACAGUGCUAGUGUAUCGGAUGGUUGAUAAUAAUUUUGGUCUUGUAAAUUCCGUUGACAAUAAUAUUCUACCUCAUCCCAAAAGCUUAACAGAUAAUGAAAAAAUUGACUGGCAUGACUAUAAGGCUAUUGAAAAGGACUCUAAGCGAGUAGGUACAGGUGAACAAGGUGCUGCAGCUUAUCUCACAUCUCUAGAAAGAGCAAAUUAUGAGAAACUGUUCAGAGUGAAUGGAUUUAAUGCAGCACUUAGUGAUAAAAUCGCCCUUGACAGAGCCAUACCUGAUAUACGCCACAAGUCGUGUAAAACUAAAAAGUAUUUGAAAAAAUUGCCAUCAGUUAGUGUAAUUGUGCCAUUCCAUAAUGAACAUUGGACAACUUUACUCAGAACAGCUGUUAGUGUAAUCAACAGGUCCCCUGCAGAGCUUUUGAAAGAAAUUAUCCUAGUUGAUGACUUUAGUUCAAAAGAAUUCAGCAAAAAACCUCUAGAUGAUUACUUAGCAACUAAUUUGCCAAAAGUUCGAGCCAUACAUUUACCUGAAAGAAGCGGGUUGAUUAGAGCAAGAUUAGCAGGUGCAAAAGCAGCCACAGGAGAAGUUUUAAUAUUUCUUGAUUCACAUACUGAGUGCAAUGUCAACUGGUUGCCUCCUCUUUUAGAACCAAUAGCUCAAGACUACAAAGUCUGUGUUUGUCCUUUCAUUGAUGUAAUUGCCUUUGAAACAUUUGAAUAUAGAGCCCAAGAUGAAGGUGCUCGUGGUGCUUUUGACUGGGAGUUCUUUUACAAAAGACUCCCAUUGUUACCAGAGGACUUGAAACAUCCUGCUGAACCAUUCAAAAGUCCAGUUAUGGCAGGAGGUUUGUUUGCAAUUAGUAGUAAGUUUUUUUGGGAAUUGGGAGGAUAUGAUGAGGGUUUGGAUAUAUGGGGUGGAGAACAAUAUGAAUUAAGUUUUAAAAUUUGGCAAUGUGGAGGUGAAAUGUAUGAUGCCCCAUGCUCUAGAGUUGGACAUAUCUAUCGAAAAUAUGCUCCCUUUCCAAACCCAGGAAAAGGCGAUUUUGUUGGAAGGAAUUACAAAAGAGUUGCUGAAGUGUGGAUGGAUGAAUAUGCUCAAUAUUUAUAUAUGAGAAGGCCUCAUUAUAAAAUGUUGGAUCCUGGUGAUAUAACUAAGCAGAAAGCUCUCAGGGAGCGCUUACAUUGCAAACCAUUUAAAUGGUUUAUGACUGAAAUCGCAUUUGAUUUACCACUCAAGUAUCCUCCUAUUGAACCUGGAGAUUUUGGAUUUGGAGAAAUUAGAAACUUGGGGGUUCCUGAAAUAUGUGUAGAUGCUGGAUUCAAAGAACGGGACCAGGUGGUAGGAAUAGCAGAUUGUGCCAAAGGCACAGACAUCAAAGCGGAUCAAAAUUUCUCACUCACGUGGCACAAAGACAUUAGGGUUAAAGGUAAAACAUUGUGUUUCGAUGUAUCAGAUGCGAACGAUAAAGCCGAUAUUACUCUUUAUCCUUGUCAUGGACAAGAAGGCAAUCAGUACUGGCGGUACGAUAUUGAAAAACAAUGGUUCCUACACGGAGGUAAUCCUCGAUGCUUAGACUGUGAACCUGGUGCUAAAAAACUUUUUGUUACUACUUGCGAUGAAACUUCAAAAACACAAAAGUGGCGUUUUGAAAAUGUUAAUUUGACUAUGUUAGCUGAUUGGAAUAAUGUUGGUAAAUUGAUUACGUGAUUAGGAUUAUUAUUAAUAGAUACAUAUUUGAUUUUUUACAUUUCUAUAUCUAAGAAAAACAUACAUAGAUUCAUAAGCUACCUAGGUACCUAUUUAUUGCUGCUAGUUUCUUUCAAAAUUAAAUCGAUUUUUUUAAAAUUGGGAUUUUUGAACCGCACAUUGAAAUGUGUUUUUAUUUUUGUAAAACAGUUACCCUGAGUAUCAAAGGUAAGGUAUUAUUCUGUAAAGCAAUCAAUAAUAAGAGAAGUUUACAAUGCUAUUACCUACAUGGUAUGGUUUUCUUGCAGCUAAGGUACUAUAUACAUAUAAAAAAUGCAUUGUUUUUAAUAAGUAAAAUGAUAACAUGCUGUUCUCUAUUUAUUGUAACACAUCCCACAUGUUCUGAAACCAAAUUGAUGUAUGAUUUUAUGAAUGUACAAUACUAAGUAAAACAAUCCAAUUUAUUUGCCAUAAAAUUAUUUUUUUGAUGAUAGUUUUUUUAUAGUUUUUACUAAAGUGUUGUAUUCACGUAAAAAAUCGACGUCAAAAUGUUUUCACAUUUAUAAAUUUUCAGGUCCCUAGAUUACGAAAAUAAUAUUUUCUCAAUUCCAUCGGUAUGUUUAUGCCUGUUUGUUUGUCUGUCGGUCUGUUGGCGCUCUAGCUCCAUAAUGGCUUCACACAAACAACAAUUUUAGUACCUAUACACCUUGGACACCUAACAUUAAUGUAGGUGUUUUCGUUCGCAGAUAUGCAGGGUGUCCAAAAAACUAUGCGUCAAUUAUAAGACUGGUGGACUUUUGUCGAUUUUUUAUUUUUUUUCAAGAUAUCGGGUCCUUUGUGUUCAAAAAUAUAUUGUCCUAUAUUUUCAAAACUGGGUACUUAUUUUAGAAGAUUGGUUAAUUUGAAAGUUCUUCUGUUAGGUUGAUCUGUUCUACAAGAUUGGGACCUGAAAUUUUGAUAUUUAUCAAAAAAAAAGGGUGGGAUUAUUUGCUGGUUGAAGGGUUUUACUAUUUUUUUUUUGUAUUGUAGACUGAAAUGUAGGUAUUCCCUAACAAUUUCAAUGAAAUAAAUUAAAUUUCUAAUGUGGUUUUAGGCCUGUUCUCACAGAAAUCACAAACAGUAGAGCGAAUGUAAUUGGUUGAAAAUAGUCAGAAAACUGGUUGUAGGCGAUUUGCACCAAUCAAAAACGCUCCGACUGGUUUGUGAUUUCUUUGAGAUCGAGAACAGACCUAUUAUUUGCUAUUAGUAACAGUGAUAUAAAUGUACGUAAUUUAUGCGCCAUAUUUACAAAUUGUAAAUGUUCAGCUUUUCUAGGAUGUAGUUUUAAUUUUUUCCUCUUUUUUACAUUUAGCUAACUAGCCAGAGGUUUUAAAUGUUGCCUUUAGCAACGUUUUGUAAGGACCUUGCUCUCAUUUUAAUUUUAGCUUAGGCUGUCUUCUUUGUUAAACUGAAACUAUAAAUUAAUUUUUUGACAAUUUUACCUUAUUUCAUAAAUCAAUUUUCAAUUUCUGAUAAAUCUUUGUCUCUGAGAUGGUCUUACGAAAAAUCCGAAUAUUGACUGUUGAAAAUUCCAUUUAUAUUUUCGAUAAUCAGGAUUCUGCUUUAUUGAUUUCAAAAUUCCUGUGAACUCCAAAUACAAUGUGCACUAAAUAUGGAUAUAUGUGCUGCCUAUUUCAGAUGUAUGUUUUUCAAUGGUGCCAAAAAAUCACGCUAUAUAACUUACUUUACAAGUUUUGAGGUAUGGAACAGAACUAUGUUUUUAUUAGUUUAGAUGUCACAUUGUAUUUGGAAUUAGCAGGAAAAGAGAUCAGAAAAUAAUAUGAUGUUGCUCAAGGUAUUGUAUGUAACAAAAAGUAUUAAGUAUAUCAGCAUUAUUUUCGAUUUUUAAAUUUUUGUUUUUUUUUUUUACUUCAAAUAAUUUCAUCUGGUCUCAAAAUUGUCCUAUUUGUAAGAAAAGUUGCAUUCAAAUUCUAUUAUUUAUAAAUAAAACUCAAUCUGAGUGUCAAAAUGUCCAAAGUUGCACAGACAUUUUUAGGCUCUUCUAAAUGAAUGUUAUUUUUUUCAAAUUAAUUGUAGAACAAUUUUGUGAACAGAAAUGUACCUACUAAAUUAAUAUUUACUUUAGGAAUACAUAUUCAUAUUUUUGGACAACCUAGUUAAUUAUGUUUCCUAAUAGUUGGCUGUGACAUACAUAUACCUAUGUAAAUAUUGCUCAAUAAAUAUCAGAUGCAUUUGAGAUUUGUU